AUGCCUAUCCUCUUUCCUUUUCAGAGGCUGAGAAUUUGAGGCUUUACCUAUGGAAGUGGAAGUGAAGCUCCGUCUCCCUGACUCAGCUUCUCACCAGAAACUCUCCGAUCUACUCUCACCAUAUCACAUCAAGACCUUCAUUCAAGAAAACAUCUUCUUCGACGGCGCAAAGGCUCAGCUCACCUCCAAUCUUGCCGUCCUCCGAAUCCGAUUCUGCAAUCUCGAUACCUGCGUCCUAUCUCUCAAGGCCAAGCCCGUAAUUUCCGACGGAAUCAUCCGCAUCGAGGAGCACGAAGAGCCACUCGAUGCCGCAAUCGGUCGCAGCUGCAUCGCAGAUCCAUGGAGGCUCUCGAGAAUCGAGUCGUCGGAGAUACUCCGGAGAGUGAGGGAUGAAUAUGAGAUCGGAGAAGAAAGGGAUUUUGUGUGCUUAGGAGGAUUUAGGAAUGUGAGAGGUGUGUAUGAGUGGAAUGGAUUGAAAUUAGAGGUUGAUGAGACUAAUUAUGAUUUUGGGACGAGCUAUGAGAUUGAAUGUGAGAGUUCUGAACCAGAACGAGCCAAGAAGUUGCUUGAGGAAUUCCUCAAUCAAAACGGCAUCAAUUAUUCUUACUCUCAACUCUCUAAGUUCGCUGUUUUCCAGUCCAGGAAGUUGCCUGACCCAGGGAAGUAAUUAGUCUCGUCACUAAUUCACUUAGCAAUAGAUUGUAUCAACUAUAUUUGUUUAUCCAUGUGUGUGUAUAUAUUUUAUUUAUUUAUUAUUCAUCUGCUUUUCAAGAAUUCACUUGUUGAUAAUAACACAAUCUAGCAUUCCUGUUA